UAUAAUUAUUGAGAUUAUUAUUGAAUAUAAAUCAAAACUACAUCAAUCAAUAUCAGAAAUUUGUAAAAACUGAUACCCAUAAAUCUCUCACAUAUACGGCAAACAACAAUAGAUGCCCCCGAUCGUUGAUGGCAAUCUGGAAUACCGUUAAAAAUCGGAAUAAUGACGGACAUAAAGAUGAGAUGACACCUUUCAUAUUGGAAAUUUUCGGGUGCACUAACGAUUUUUCCAUCAUUCGGAGGGUAGUUUAGAAUUCAAUUUCUUUGAUCAACAAUGGAGAUUAAGUCGCUGAUAUAUUCAUCGGAAGCAUCAAGAUAUCGAGAGCGACAAUGCGACCACAUAACGGCCCGGGCCUCAAUCAUCCAAGGUCAUACACAAUCCAUGCACUGUUUCACUACGCUGGUCCAUGUAUUAGUGUUUAACGGCAACCGUGUCUCCCAAUGUACGCAUCUAUAAUUAAACCGGUAAUUACUAGAUUUCCGAUACCACGAAAUACCCAGGGGAGGGUCGGUUUUACCCCGAGUCCUGGCGUCCUAGCUGUGUGCCUAGAUUCCACGGAAAACCGCCGGCCGGACACACGGAACUCGGACGCGUGUAUAUAAAGGAGUGAACUACCGAAAAAUCCCGACACCGGACCAGAGUAUGUUCCCAAAAGAAGAAAAAAGGCUUAAACAAAGAUGAUAGAAGGCCCGUGGAAUCGAUAGAAGCUGGAAGAGAGUCGGCCCCCCAAUGAUCUCGUCAAAAAUCGAUAUCAAAAAUAACAAACUUAUCCCAGAUUCUACACACAGGCAAGAUUCUUUGUAGGUUUGUAUGAUGAAUGCAGAAAGUCCCAAUCAGACUCCGUGAAUAAUAAAAAUUGGACCAAGAGAAUCCGGCGACAGCGGAGCGGGGGACGCAAUUCUCGGGCGAUAUUUGGCGCCAUUCUUGGUCGAUCGUCUGCGGGUUGGGUGCUGGACUCUCUGGACCGCGUGCGCCGGGUCUAAUCACGCUGGAUUUAUUUUCGGAGUCACGAGAACUGAUUUUUUUCUUCUCUUUUUCUCUCUAACCAACUCUCUCUACUUUCCUAUUGGAGUGAUUGUCGACGCGGACAAAAUAGGAAGUAUUGACCAAGAUGGCUCUGUGAAUUCAUAGAUCUCCAUACGUCCCUUAUGCUGUGGUAGGUUCGGGAGGAAUUGCAAUGGAUUAAAAAGGAAGUUGUAAUAACGAGGAGGAAAUUGUCGCUAACACUGUUGAUAGAAUCAUCUACAAAGUGUUUUCAACAUAGUUCAAGGAUUAAACAAAGAUACAGAGAUACAAACACAGCUACAGAACUUAUUGGACUAUCGAGUAAUAAUGACCGGCGCAUUGCCGAUAUGCGAUGGUGUUUUGAAUGGAGAAUUUAGCCUUUCCAGUAAGACUUGCAGGUUUUGUCGAUAAAAGAGCGACCGACUUAGUUCAGAAAACACCAUAUGUUGCCGAGGAAGCGGACACUGAAUUUACGUUACUACACGAAGUGUGCAACUUCCCACCGAAGACUCCCUUCAGUUCAACGACAAACUCGCGCGUGUGACAGAAUUGCGUGCAAACAAGCUCUUUUACAGGGAUUAUUCACCAUGAUCUGAUAAAAGAAUAUGUCUCCAGGCUAUUGUGUGCGUUUCAAAUACUUCCAAAGCACAGAGUCGUCCGGAAAAUUUAGCGCCUUUACCUCAAAUGCCAAUCCAGGCUGAGACUGGUGAAUUCCUCAUGGAAUUCCUCUAAAAUCUGGCCUGUGAUUCGGAAAUCGGCUGCUGACUUAAUUGUCAUCGGUGCUGCGGCGCUUAUUAUUUCCUUAUCCAAGUUGACAGUCAUCAGAAAACAAAGCUUGCAGCUUAGCCGGGCUGAUAUAUUGUUGUUUUUGUUUUACAACUAUCAUUCGGGCGAAGAAAUAAAAAUAUUGUCGUCCUUGUUUUAAUCAGUGAAUUACUCAAUACGCUUUGGAUGCAUCAAAUAUGAUAACUAUGCUAAGCAAAUAGCGACGGAAUGCAAAACAAAUAAUCAGGAGAAGACACGAACAUUUUUUUUCUCGAAUUGCAGAUGUCUAUUACGUUGAAUGCACGCAAGCGCGCUAGUGAUUCUGGUGUCACCGUGAAAUACACACCCUGUGCAAAAACAGAUGAGCAUACAGACGAGGACAAUGUGGAAGAGGAAAUAGCCGUCAUAAAUAAAGAAAAGAAACCGUUACCGAACGAUGAUUACAAAAACGAAAAGAUGGCCAACCAAACAGCAAAUGGACCGCGCCAUCUUCCCUCCAACUCCGGGGUUUUUAACAAUCCUCAUUCUAGGUGGAGGAUUGUGGGAGAUCGAAUGAGUUCUUCCAGUUUAACAGGGAGAAUCAGUUUAUCUUCCCCCGCCUACUCCAACAAAACAGUUGAGCAAAAAUCACGGUCUACGUCCAAAAAUAGCCUCCUUGAUCUGUUCGGUACGCGCAUAGACAGAAAGGCGCGAUCAAAGAGUUUCGCAGCACGCGGAGAUUUGCAACUGUUGAAAAAAGUUCGUUCAGGGGAUAUAAUAACGCCAAGGGAACUGCGCAAACAGCGAAAAAAGGAUAUCGAAGAGAAGUUCGGCAAAAAGAGUCACCGAACAGACAAAUUCGAGACCCUCACGAACUCCACGGACCGGGAUGGGUGUAACUGGACCUUUGUGUUUGACCCCUCAGGGCGGCUCGCCUACUGGUGGUCCUCCAUCGUCAGUAUUGCAUUCCUGUACAACUUUUGGGUGAUCAUUUACCGAUUUGCAUUCCGAGAAAUAAGUAGUGAGAAUUUGGCGUUCUGGUUUAUUCUGGACUAUACGGCUGAUUUGCUGUACAUUUUGGACGUGGCUUUCCACUUCCGCACGGGUUACCUUGAAGACGGGGUAUUACAAACAGACACGACUAAACUCCGUAUACAUUAUACCAAUAGCACUAUCUUCUACAUUGACUGCUUGUGUCUGUUGCCACUGGAUUUUCUUUAUCUCUCCAUUGGAUUUUGCUCAAUUUUGCGUUGUUUUCGACUUGUUAAAGUUUAUAGAUUCUGGGCAUUUCUAGACCGAACUGAACGACAUACUAAUUAUCCGAACCUUAUGAGGACUGCGACGUUAAUGCAUUAUUUGUUGGCUUUAUUUCAUUGGAAUGCGUGUCUGUAUUAUAUCGUUGCAACGAAACUUGACCGAGAUUCCAGGACGUGGGAGAUACCCAAAGACACGGAUGACGUCUUCCGGACGUACCUGCAUGGACUCUACUGGAGUACACUAACGCUCACGACGAUUGGUAACCUGCCAACGCCAGCAACCAAUCAGCAAUACGUUUUCAUAAUAUUCGAAAUGAUGUUUGGUCUCCUGCUGUUUGCCACUGUUUUGGGACAUAUUGCCAAUAUCGUUACCAAUAUUAGUGCAGCCAGGAAGGACUUUCAAGCAAAGUUGGACGGCGUGAAGACGUACAUGUCGUUAAGGCGCGUUCCGAUUCGUCUACAGGACCGCGUCAUCAAGUGGUUCGACUAUCUCUGGUACUGUAACAAAUCGACGGACGAAGAAAAGACCCUGGUCCUCCUCCCCGACAAACUGAAGGCGGAAAUUGCCAUACACGUGCAUUUGGACACGCUGAAGCGCGUGGAGAUCUUCCAAAACACGGACGCCGGCUUCCUGUGCGAGCUGGUGCUGCGCCUGAAACCCGUCCUUUUUUCCCCGGGGGACUACAUUUGCAGGAAAGGCGAGGUUGGCAAGGAGAUGUACAUUGUCAACAGAGGGAGAUUACACGUGGUCGGCGACAACGGGAAAACGGUGCUCGCUACCCUCAAACCGGGGAGUUACUUUGGGGAAAUCAGCAUUCUAAAUAUGGGUACUUCCGGUAACCGACGGACGGCCUCUGUCCGCUCCGUGGGCUACUCGGAUUUAUUCCGACUGUCCAAACAGGAUCUCUGGGAUGUCCUUAAAGAAUAUCCCGCCGCUCGAGUAAAACUCGAAGCAAUAGCAGUCAAAAGACUGGAGAAAACGAAAAAGAUUCCAAUUGAAAAAGCUUUGGCAAGAAGCAAAAGUACUCCGGGACUUGUAGAGUCAUCCGGCAAAAUUCCUUUAGAAGCGAUGAUGAUAACUCGUCACCACACACUUCCGGCAGGUCUUCCAAAACAGUCGCCAUCUAGUGGCGAUGAAGAGACUCAUGAUGAAAAUUCCAUGGAAACGGGUGAAAAUGCUCAUGCUGAAACCACUGCUGAACAGUACUCAAAAGAAACUAAUGAUAAUUGUGAUGUCCUGAAUGUAGGGACGAUGACGUCACCACACACUUUAGUUGGAGUUACAACAACCUCCCAUAAUUCCUUUCGACUUCCGGGCUAUAGUCCGCCGAUCUCACCCAGAAGUUUGUGCCAAACACCAAACAUCCCUACUAUCAGCGCGGCCACCCCUGUCCUCACUAACGCAAUCGGAAGUCCGGCACAGUUAUCUCCCUUGAGUUUUACGUAUGCUCAUACAUAUCCAUUUCAAAACCAUCCUCAACAAAUGAACUUUCUGUCUCCAUACUGUGUGUCCAAUACAAUGAAUCCUCUGUCUUCGCCGAGUCUUGCCACUAGUCGAUCAGACAACCUCUCCUCCUCCCAUAUUAACCUGUCACCACAGGCCCACCCCCAGCCAACCCUGCUUCCUGUGUCCCCCGGGUAUAACAUAUCCAACUACGGCUCGGUCAGUCCACAAAGUUUCUCGUACGACACACCUAAUGACGUUCUCCUGAAAGAAAUCAACACGCUUAGGGAACGAUUGGUUUCCUUGGAAACUGAGAACGCCUCCAUGACGGCAAAAUUACACAGACAGCAAUGGGAUGUGGAGCACAGACUCUCUGAGCUCGAACUACACAUGUGUCAGAGCUCGAGUCAGGCCAGUACUUCGAGUCACGACGAACGAAUUGAAAGAUUCGAACCUGUGAACAGAGAAUCAAUCAUUUAGAGAAUUAAAACGAUCUACCACUUAUUAUCGAAGUUUAUGUUAAACUUUGGAAUUCUAUGAUAUAGUUUACGCAUGCGCGUUAUUUAUGUAUUCUUGUUUUUGUAAAUCACAAUGUUUUCACUCUAUUUUAUUGAUAAAAUAUUCUGGAGUUUAGAUAUCAUUCCAACUAUUGUCCUCAGAUGUGAAAUAUUCAUUUUAUUCAUGUCAAUGCAUUGAUCUAACAUGUUACUGUUUUGGAUAUAUCGUAUAUACAUUUCCAUGUUAAAUGCAUAUACUGGUAUAAUGUUAUCAGUUCAUAUUCUGUUUAUAUUAUGUCACUUAUUUCUAAAUCAUUAAUCAGGGAGGUUGGUAUUUAUUAGAAAAAAAUUCACCCAAAGCAUCCAUACUUUUUUGUGAAAGAAAUAAAUUUGAUGAUCGCGUAUACCGUGUAUUAUGAAAUAUUUGAAGUACAAUUGUAGGUAAUUAGUAAAAAUGUUUUUUUUUGUAAAAGUGAUCGCGAAAAAUAUUCCAUUGCAAGAAUAAUUGGAAACAUGGUAAUUUAUAAAAUUAUCACCCUAUGAAAAGUCCCAUAUUUGGUAUAGAAUAAGGGGUUUUUAAAGGUGUUUAAUUAGUCAUUAAUGACCGUGAUAUUGUUUCAUACGAAUGCCAAACAGGUUACAAUGUUGAUGUAAUUUAGUGUUCAUCAGUGUAUGAAAACAAAUGCAUGAGUAAAUGGUGUGCUGGUAAUCUCAAUUGUUCUGAAUUAAAGACCAGAACUAUUACCAUCAAAAUGAUAAAGGAUAUAUGUAAAGUUACAAAACAAUCAUUUAUACAACGGUAUGAAAUUGUAAGUUAUUGUUACAAUGCAUGUAAGAAGUCAUGGGGUUAAGUGGCCAAAAAGCAGGGCUGAGGGUACAGCUUUGAACCAAGAAGGAUGUAAUUAGGAUGUAAUUUUGGGUAUUUUGGUAAUGAUGUAAAAGAAGAGAUAUCAUGCCCAUGUCCUGUUGUUUACCUACAGUCUAGUUGAUUUUAAUUGUUCACAAUAUGCAUAACGUUUGCAUAUUGUUGCACGGUAAAUGGCGUUGUCGAAUGAAAUGACUUAUGUACAUAUUACACGUGAUUUGGUACGGUUGAUCCGCCACAUUUGCUGGGUUAAGGUUCUGCUGAAUUCAUGCCAUUAUUAUUGCCGAUCAUAUUUUUAUAAGUCAUGGACUCGUGUAUUAUAUUACAAUAACCUAUGUAUAUCAAGUUUGAAUUUUUGUUAAAAAAUAAACCUUAUUAAAAAUUA